AUGGAGCUAAUAAACACACUUGAAGGCCAUGAAGGACAAGUUUUAGUAGUAAAAUUUAACGCUGAUGGAAACUUUUGUAUGACUGGCUCAAGUGAUCGCACCCUUAAGCUGUGGAACCCGGCCAGAGGUUUAUGUAUAAAAACUUAUUCAGGAGCCCACAACUAUGAAGUCCUGGAUGUGGAUAUUACUAAUGAUAAUGGGAGAUUUGUAUCUGGAGGAGCCGAUAAAUUAGCAUUUAUAUGAGAUAUAUCAACAGGGAAAACGAUAACCAAGUUCCAAGGCCACCAUAAUAAAAUCAAAGCAGUUGCUUGAAAUAGGCUGUGCACUGUGAUUGCGACAGGUUCUGAAGAUGCAACAAUAAAGCUAUGAGAUGUGAGGGCAAACUCAAAAGAUCCUGUCCAAACUCUAUCACAGUUUAAAGACUCUGUCAUUGGGGUGUAUUUGACUGAAGAUCAAGUCAUCGCAGGAUCUCUUGAUGGAUUUAUAAGGACUUUUGAUAUAAGGUGUGGGACUCUAAGCGUGGAUGAUUUAAAAGAGCCUAUUUUGGGAUUAGCAUUGUCUCGUGAUGGUAAUGCAACUGCAAGCACACAUAUUGAUAAUAUAAUUAGAGUUACUGAUAGGACGAAUGGGGAAAUUUUGAAUGCUUACUCUGGGUCACAUAUGUCAAAUGAACAUGCUAUAGCUUGCAAGUUUUCUGCUGAUGAUAGAGCAGUUUUGGUUGGGAGUGAAACUGGAGAAGCUGCUUGUUAUAGCCUUUCUAGUGGGGUUGGGGUGAAAAGCCAAGCACAUAGCGCUCCUACAAUAGGAGUAGAUACACAUCCGAGAGAUUCGAAGCUUUUUGUCACAUGCUCAUUAGAUUGCACGUCAAAAUUUUGGAGACUAACAAAUGCAUAG